AUAAUACAGUGUGGUACAGCGUCUGUACCUGUUCUUUCUUUGCUCUUCAUGCCAAUAUAUCUUGUCUUUGAUCUCAAGGCCAGCCGCGUAAUUUACAACAACAAAAUACUGACAGGUUGUCCAGAAAUGUGAAACAAAAGACAGGAGAAUAACACAGGCGUUGGCGCUGUCUUGCUGUUAGAAUUCCGAGAAAAACGAUACACGAAUGAAUUAUCAUGGAAUCUGUUAUCAAAUAUCCCACCGAUGGCGACGAGAUUGUGAUAUAUCCCAAAGAUUCAAAAAAUUUGAAAUGUCACAUUUACCCAGGUACAGAGGUGUUCUUUACAGAAUGUCAUAUUUGUUAUCACAAAAUUUUGGGUGGCCUCGAGGAUAUCGCGGAACACACCAAGAGUCGAGAACACAUCGAGAACAAACACACUCUGAUGUCGUUCCUAAAUAUAAACAAUAUCCAAGGAGGAAGUACCGAGCCAGAAUUGAAUGACAACAACGAGACUAAAUACUUCAUCGAAAGUGGAAAAAAAUCGGAUGAGCAUGUCGUUCAAGUGUUGGAAUUACCUCGAGGCACUCCAAAACAUGAAGGAAGAGUAUUUCAUUGGUGUAAUCUAUGCAAAAUCAGAGUCCCCAAUGACUGCACUGCAGAUGAACAUUUAAAAAGUGUCCUUCACACAGAAAAUUCAAGAGAUACUCUUGAAGUGACUGUGUUGCCCCAUCAUAAUUCUGGGGAGGAAAAUGAAGUCGAAAAAUCGUUUACAGGUAUUUUCUUGAAAUUAACUUGGAAGGUCUGUGCAAUAUGUGAUCAACGAAAGUUAUUGGACGAUGAUGCGGUUCGUGAGCACGUAAAAGGAUGGCCCCAUCGUUAUAAAUUAUGGAGCCUCUCGGAAGCCCAAUUAGAGGCCCUUUCUGUGGAGCACCUACCAGAGAAAUUCGAAUCAAUCCCCAAUAGCAAACAGAAGUUACUCUGUACAGUAUGCAAAUCCAAAGUAAAAAUUAAACGACUCGAUGGUCAUACGAGAAAAUGUCAUGUUCAAGACAUGAAUGUUGAAGUGAAAUUGGGAGAAGAAAAAACAACGGAAGAAACUAAAAAAAAUCUGGAGGAAGGAAAGCCAGAGGAUUUGUUGAAGGUAUCAGGAGGGAACGACAAAGUAACUGAUAAAAGAGAUAAGUCACCCAGACAGUUUCCGGUCCGCCUUUCUGCCUUGCCUCUGGGGUCUAAAAAUUCUGAAAAUACAACCGCCAAACGCUUGAUAUCCUCUUUCUGCUUGGACAAUCAAAAAGAUUCAGUCUCCUCUCCGCUCUCUUUUAAACUAAACUCUAACAACAUUCGCCGUCGGAGUCUCAGUAAUGUCUAUUGCUGGGACGGGGGAAUUAGAAACGGCAGCAGCAAAGAAGACAAGGAGAAUGAAGCGGAGAUCAAUGCUGAAUUGAAAUUCGGCGAUGAGAGAAAUUAUGAUAAAUAUAUUGCACUUUCAACUUCUCGGAAGGGCGUUCCUAUCGAAAUUAUGCUACAGUAUCAUUACGUAGGUGAUACCAUUGAUUACAUCGAGUGUAAAAUCUGUGACACUAAAAUUCGAGAGACUCCUCAUACUCCAGCAACUUUAGAGUAUCUCCAACAUUCGAAUUCGGAGGAGCACAGGUAUAAUGAAAAUGCAUUCAUUGACAGUUGGAAAUCGUCAGUAUCUUCUCGCGCUGCUAUAUCUGCAGCACCUCCUGAAUCAGCUGAGAAGAAGAAUCCGAAAGAAUCCUCAAAUAAUGAAACUCUCCCUCAGAGUAUCAGGAAUGUCUUCUGUGAAAUCUGCAACUGCAUUAUUACUGGGGGUUAUUGGAAUGUCAAUGCGCACAGAAACAGCAAAGAGCACAAGCAGAAUGAAGCGAAAAUUAAUUCUGAAUUGGAAUUCCGCGAUGAGAGACGUGACGAUAAAGAUAUUGUACCUUCACCUCCUCCCAAAUCUGCGUGGAAUGGCGUUCCUAUCGAAAUUAUGGUACAGUAUCAUUACGUUGGUGACACCAUUGAUUACAUCGAGUGUAAAAUCUGUGACAUUAAAAUUCGAGAGACUCGUCAUACCCCAGCAACUUUAGAGUAUCUCCAACACUCGAAUUCGGAGGAGCAUAAGUAUAAUGAAAAUGUAUUCCUUGACAGUUGGAAGUCGUCAGCAUCUUCUUACGCUGCUGUAGCCGCAGCACCUCCUCAAUCAGCUGAGAAUAAGCGAGAGAAAAAAAAGGCCCAUAAAACAAUUCCGUGCCAGGUGUGUGGUGAAAAUUUCACGAAGGGAAGUCUUCACGAGCACAUGACAGAACAUUUUUGGAAACGUUUUCUCAAGCCUUCCUUGGAGAAUCUUGAAGAAUCUACGGAUAAUACUCAUGAGGAGAAUGUAAAUGGAGAGCUAAAACCAGUGGAUUUGGUGACGGGUGAAGACGAAUCUGAUGGAGAUUCCUCUCAUUCUUUGAUUGCUAACUCACCGGCGAAGAAAGUGACGUCAUCUGCACAUUUCAGAACAAAACCCCUGGACAUCGAAUUAGAUAGCGGCCCGAACAUCUACGAGAUCAACGACCAGAGAAUAAAACACAUCCAGCUAGGUGUUCUCCUGUCUUUCACCAUCGACAUCGACAAUAUCUACUGCCUCGUGUGCCAGAAGUGCAUUAAAAAUUCUCUCCAGAAUUUCUACGAGCAUUUGAGUUCACUUCACCAUCUAAAGUAUUUACAGAACAUGAUAAAUGAUCACCAGAAGUUCAAGGACUUUCCAGAUCAAUUCAGUGAUCUAGCUCUUGCUGAAGAAUAUAUGGAAGAAGUUUCAGAAGAGGAAGUCAAGUGUCACGCUUGUGGUUUUUCUAUUCCUAACAAUUCCUGUAAAUUAAGUAAUCACAUUAAUGAUCCGACUCAUGCAAAACAGUGGGCAUUAUUAGAAUCAAACAAGAAAGAAGUCUUUCAUGCUCUUCAUUCGAGAAUGCAAUCGAAUUUUUAUAAUGUCCGUAGAUACUGGUGUGUCUUUUGUAGAACAAUAUCUAUUGUCGAAAUAGAAUUUCGAGAGCAUUUGCGAGAUAAGGGCCAUCUCAAAAAAAUUAAACAAUACGAAAACGAGACAUUAAUCUUUGACUAUUGCGCUAUUUGUGCGAGUCUCUGGUACGGUGUUCUCCAUACCUUCUCCUAUCACUCGCAAUGCAAAAUGCAUAAAGAUGCAGCAUAUCACAAUUACUACAUGGUGAACAAACUCCCAGAAUCUGCUGAGAAACUUUUGUAUGCAGUUGAGGAUAACAUCGAAAAAAUUCUCGCUGAAGUUAAUGCACGUAGGAUCGAUGAGAAGAAGAAAGAGGAUCAAGUCAUCAGAGAUUUGAAAAAAAUUUCUAAGCAGAGAUAUCCUCGCGUUGAGGCUUACCCCUUUGGCUCCAGGGUUAAUGGACUUGGUGGGGCAAAUAGCGACCUUGAUAUCUUCCUGGACUGCAGCACUGGGAAGUGUCCGGUGUAUGCUGGAGAAAAUUCCAGUGAUAAACAAGUACUGGAUCGUUUGGUGAACAUAAAAAAAUGUCUAGAAGGAGACCCUCAGACCUGGUUCAUUAACAGACUCGUUGAAGACUGCAGAGUUCCAAUCAUAACGAUCACUCACAGAUUCACUGGAAUAGAAUGCGACAUUUCAGCUACCAACGGUCUUACCGUUGAGAAUACGAAGAUUAUUGGUGCUUAUUGCAAUAAUUAUCCAAACUGUCGUAAGUUGAUUAUCUUUCUGAGAAAUUGGAUGGUGUAUUGUGAGCUGACAGGAGUCAAUGGGAUCAAUAGUUAUACAAUAGCUUGGCUGGUGAUCUACUUUCUGCAAGUAGUGUCUAUUCUACCGACGAUUUUCGAAUUGAUAGACAGUAAUAAAGCCUCAAAUAUUGUCGCUGGAUGGGAAACUGGAGUUCUCAUUGAUUUCGAACCGCGUAGAACUGACCAAAGCUUCAGGGAACUUCUCACGCAGUUUUUUAAAUUUUAUGCAAGCUUUGAUUAUCGAAACAAUGUCAUCUGUCCACUGCUUGGGGAACCUGUGAAAAAGACACUGUUCUCGAAUCCUAAUGAAUUACCGUCCGCCAUGAAGCCUUAUCUUAAUUCCCUCAAUGGGGAAAAUGGGGUGCCUUUUAGAGUGGACUCUGUUCUUUGUUUGCAAGAUCCUUUUGAUCUCGCGCAUAACCUUUGUAAAGCUGUCAAAAAGCUCACGGUGUAUAAACUCCAAACUUUUUGCACUCUCAGUGCACAAACACUUGAUAAAAAUUCCUAAAUGGAAAGCUUCAGUUACA